AUGGCUACAACAAGCCCGGAUCUCGCUCCAAUUCUUCAGGCCCUGGCUACCAUGCAGGGCCAUGCCGAUCGAGCACAAAAGUACCAAGCCAACGAAUAUCUCGAGGCAUUUCAGAAAUCGCCAGAAGCAUGGAGCUUCACCUUCACUAUGUUAAAAUCAACAGAAUUACCUCUCGACGUCAAACUAUUUGCGGCCACUACUCUCAAGGGAAAGAUAAUCUACGAUGUCCCCCAGCUUCCCCGGCAUUUUCUUGGAGAACUUAGGGAUUCACUUCUUGGCCUACUCCGAGAUUUCAGAUCCGAGAAAAAAAACAGAAUUAUCAGAACCCAACUCAAUGUCUGCCUCGCAAUUCUUGCGAUUCAAAUGACAGAAUGGAAGAACGUCCUGGACUCCGUUAUCGAAAAACUAGGAACCGAUGCCGAUGGCAAUAUUUGUCUCCUAGAAUUCCUCAAAGUUCUCCCAGAAGAAGUCACAGAAGGUCGCAGAAUUCGCAUGACGGACGAAGAGCUAGAUGCUCGUGCAAAAGAGCUCCUCGAGGACAAUACACAACAAGUCAUUAACAUACUAGUAUCCUACUCACAAUCUGUUCCCACAGCUUGCGAAGAGCCACUCCUCACAUCUUGUCUCACAUCUUGGUUGAGGGAGAUUCCUGUGCUCACGAUAGUAAACUCCCCCCUCCUCGCAAGCACGAUUAAAGCAUUGUCAUCAGAAGCGGCUUUCGACUCUGCGGUUGAUUGCCUCUGUGCAAUGUUCGCCGAAACCCGGGAUGUGGAUGAAUGCUUAGAUACUAUAAAUGUUUUGAUCCCGGAGGUCAUGAAAUUGCAACCGAGAAUCGCCGAUGCAGCCGAAAACGACAUCGAACAACUCCGAGGAUAUACGAAACUGUUUGCAGAGGCUGGAGAAGCAUGGGUCAUCCUAAUUGCUCGGAUGCCAGUAGCGUUCCGACCUCUCGUCGAAGCUAUCCUAGAAUGUUCUGCCAGGGAUAGAGAGCAGGAAGUUAUUGGCCUUACAUUCAACUUUUGGUUCGACCUCAAGAACUACCUCGUCUUAGAAAAUUAUAUUGAAGCUAGGGUUCAGCUAGCCGACCUUUUCGCUAGUCUCGUGGAUGUUAUGAUUGGCCAUCUAAAAUAUCCAAUCCCCGAGUCUAACAACGAGUCGGACCUCUUCGACGGAGACCGAGAACAGGAAGAAAGAUUUAGAGAAUUCCGACACAAGAUGGGUGAUGUUUUGAAGGAUUGUUGUGAAGUUUUGGGAGCUCGAGAUUGCUUGGCGAAGGCAUAUACACUAGUCGAGCAGUACAUGAGAUCCUAUGUCGCUGGAACCCCAUCAGCACAGAACCCUGUCCCUAACUGGCAAGCUUUGGAAGCUCCCCUGUUCAGCAUGCGUGCAAUGGGACGAAUGGUCCCUAGCGACGAGGCUGAAGUACUCCCCAGAAUCAUGAGUCUUCUCAUCCAACUCCCAGAACACCCUAAAGUGCGAUUUGCAGCCACCUUGGUUUUGGGGAGAUACACAGAAUGGACUGCGAAGCACCCGGAAUACUUGGAGGCCCAGCUCACAUAUAUCACCAACGGAUUUGCCCAUAGCGACAAGGAUGUUAUGCGAGCUGCUGCUAUGGCCCUGCGAUACUUUUGUCAAGACUGCCACCAAUUGCUCGUUGGCCAUAUUACCCAGUUGCAUACAUUUUACGAGCAAGUCAGCGCAAAUCUACCUACCCAAAGUUUAGAGGAAGUCACGGAUGGAGUCGCCCAUGUAGUUGCCGCACAGCCGAUUGAAAAGAUUUACGAUGCACUCAGACUUUUUUGCGAACCGAUUACGAAAAGAUUGAUGGACAAAGCGAAUCAAGCAAGGGAUAAAGAAUCAGUUCGAGAACUCUCCGAAAUCGUCUCCCUUCUCACCACGUUCGCGGCAAUCGUCCGACCGAAUGUUGAAGCCGACAAAGAGAACCCAAUGGUCCGCUUCUGGACAGACGUUUUCCCGGUGGUUACAACUAUCCUGGAGACCUUUAUUGCCUAUCCCGCGAUUUGUGAACGGGUAUCCAAGUUCUAUCGCACACUUUUGAUUUCAUAUAGGACGGCUAUGCUUCCACUGUUGCCAGUCCUAGCCGACAAAUUGGCUACAUGCUUCCAAAAAUCAAAGCAAGGAUGCUUUUUAUGGGUUACCGGCUCUGUCAUCAGAGAAUUCAACGACGAGGAGUUUGUAGACCAGAACACAAGAGAGGCUAUAUACCAAUUCCUUCAACAGCAGUGUUGGACGAUGUUCAAGAUCCUUUCGGAAGAGCAACCCAAGGAUAUUCCGGACCUGGUUGAAGACUUUUUCAGACUGAUGCAAGAUGCAAUAAUGUUUCACCCUAUGCGAAUAAUCCCAUCCCAGCUUCUAGAACCCAGCCUUAAAGCAGCAUUAGCCUGCCUGGUUCUUGAACAAAACGAGCCUCUCAUCGCAGUGCUCCAUUUCCUUCGCGACCUCCUUGUGUAUGGCACUCCGACACCUCCAACAUCUCGCUAUGAUUCCCCAGAGAACCCUCCUGAGAUCAGGUCUGCUGUGGUCAAUAUCACCAGGGCUCAGGGAGACGUACUCACCAUCCGGAUCUUGAGUGGGCUCAUGUAUUCCUUCCCACGAGACUGCGUUCCUGAUAGCUCUGGAGUCUUGAUGACCCUGAUCGAGCUACUCCCUGAAGAGACCAUCGGCUGGGUUUCUAAGACAGUCAAUCAGCUCCCCCCCGGUUCAGUAACCGAACAGGAAAGACAAAAGUUUAUGACAAAUUUCCAACAAUCCAUAAUCACCAGAGACGCAAAGAAGGUGAGGUACCAGCUCCAAGAUUUCACAAACUGGUAUAGGAGAAAGAACGUUACACCCCGCGCUGCGUCGACGUCCGGGAUUAGUACCCCGAAGUUUAGCUUUUAA